CUCCUCCUCAUUUCUAAUCACUACUCAACUAAACCCAUCCUCUCUGUCUAAAUCUUCCUAAAAUUUUACCCAACCCAGAAUCCUAGAUCGAGCUGAUAUCUUCGUCGGCAAGUGAUCGGAGGACGGAAGUAGACUGCUAACUGCUAAGCCAGCUCAAAGGUUGAUUAACCAUCUAGAAGACUCUGUUGAUAUUCCAUGCAACUGAAGAUGUCAUCAAAUAGUGAAUCCGCCACCACCACCCGCAGAGGAGAUGAUCAUUGAGCAACCACAGGAGUAUCACCAGAAAUAACUCACUAUUUGAUAAAAGUCCCCAACUGAAAUUCAGAGAGAGGGGAUCAUUUUCUGGAAAAAAAAAAAUUUGUUAUUGCUUAUUUUAGGUGAUUUCUAAAUUAGAAAUCAGAGGGCAAUCCGGCAAUCAAAGUUCCAUAUAAACAACUGUGGCUCCCACAUAGGGGGCUCAACACACAUCGCUGCUUGAUACCACUACACCAGAUGCGCUGCUUGUUAGGUGGAUCAAUUGCCUUACUCUUAUUAGAUGACAACUGACGCUUCCCACAAACCCCCAGUCCACUACUAGCAGGACCUCAGAAGCAGAUUACUUUUGGCUUUGCAACGUCAUGGUUCCCCCCAAACAAAGAAUUCAUGAACUGGGAGUUGUUAUCAUUGAAGAUGACGGAGCACUUUGUAGGACUAAUGUAAUUAUUUAGUACUCGAUUAAUUUAGUUACGCCAAAAAUAGUCACCCGAUUAUUGUUGAAUCAGUAGGCUGGUACUGGGAUUCUACUCAUAGUAAUAAGAAAUCAAUCGGUCCGAGAAUGAGGAUAGUGGGGCUGACCGGAGGGAUUGGAUCAGGGAAGAGUAGCGUCUCCAAUCUUUUCAAGGCCCAUGGUAUUCCGGUCGUUGAUGCUGACGUCAUUGCCCAUGAUGUUUUGAAAAAAGGUACUGCUGGUUGGAAAAAGGUGGUGGCUGCUUUUGGGGAGGACAUCCUGCUUCCUGAUGGAGAGGUGGAUCGCCCGAAGUUAGGUCGCAUUGUAUUUUCUGAUCCACAAAAACGCCAGAUUCUUAAUAGAUUUCUGGCACCAUACAUCUCAUCAGGCAUUCUCUUGGAAGUGUUGAAACUAUGGAUGAAGGGGUGCAAAAUUAUUGUGCUUGAUGUCCCUUUGUUGUUCGAAGCCAAGAUGGACAGGUGGACAAAUCCUAUUGCUGUUGUUUGGGUUGAUCCCGAGACUCAGCUCCAUCGGCUCAUGGCAAGAGAUGGAACCACAGAAGAAGAUGCUAAGAGCAGGAUUAACUCUCAAAUGUCUCUUGAUCUCAAAAGGACCAAAGCAGAUAUUCUAAUAGAUAACACUGGAUCACUGGCAGAUCUGAAUGAAAAUUUUCAGAAGGUAUUGGUCCAGGUCACAAGGCCUUUGACAUGGACAGAAUUUGCUUUAUCUAGACAGGGUGCUAUUGUUGCAUCUAUAUCCAUUUUUCUAGGCAUCAUCAUAUGCAGGAAAUGUUUGUGAUGAAAUUGCAUUUAUUUAUUGAGAUAAAUUUCAUAAACUUCUUAUUGUUGAACUCAGCCUUGUGAAAUUUGGAAGACGUGACUGAUCCUUAAUGUACUAUAUAAUUGGAACUAUAAUCGUCUUGUUCCUCACCUGAAAUAAUGCAGAAUGGUUUAAUGGAGCUUCUGUUUCAGUUCAGUGA